GGACCGGGGUAUCCUGUAUCUGAAAAAACGAAAAAAGAAAAGAAAAACGAAAUGGUAGCAGAAGGCGGGGAAGGGAAAGAGGGAAAUCAAGCGUACAAGAAGAUGUUGCUAACGUCGAUGUCAGCUAUGGUUGCAGAGACAGCCACAUUCCCCAUAGACAUCACCAAGACCAGGCUCCAACUCUUCCGCACUCAAUCUUCCCACCUCCUUCCCUCCCCCAACGCCUUUAGAGUUGCCUCCGACAUCUUCCAGAGACAAGGUCUCUCCGGUCUCUACCAGGGCCUUUCUCCCGCCAUCAUUCGCCAUCUCUUCUACACCCCCCUUCGCAUCCUUUCCUACGAGCACCUCCGCCUCGCUGUCCCCUCCGACUCCCUCUCUGCCAAGGCCCUAGUCGGUGGCAUUUCUGGCGUCUUCGCCCAGGUUGUGGCAAGUCCUGCUGAUCUUGUUAAGGUGAGGAUGCAAGCAGACAGUCGCCUGGUGGGCGAAGGUCUUCCACCUAGAUACAAAGGCAUCAUUGAUGCUUUAAGCAAGAUCGUGCGGACGGAAGGUUUUUGGGGGCUCUGGAGAGGGGUUUUCCCCAAUUCCCAGAGAGCAUUUCUGGUAAACAUGGGGGAGCUAGCAUGCUAUGACCAUGCCAAGCGUUUCAUUGUCGGUAACCAAGUUUGUGGGGAUAACAUUUAUGCCCAUACAUUGGCGUCUAUCAUGUCUGGCCUUUCAGCAACCACUCUGAGUUGUCCUGCCGAUGUAGUGAAGACGAGAAUGAUGAAUCAGUCUUCCGGCAAAGAUACUAAAUUUCUAUACAGAAAUUCUUAUGAUUGUCUGCUCAAGACAGUGAAACAUGAAGGCAUAUUGGCAAUGUGGAAGGGCUUCUUCCCUACAUGGGCUAGGCUUGGCCCUUGGCAGUUUGUAUUCUGGGUUUCUUAUGAAAAGUUCCGGCGUCUAGCAGGGCUAUCAUCUUUCUAGUGAAUGGUCCUGCGCCUUUACAAUCUAUCUAUUUAGCUAGCUUCAGAUAUGAUCAAAUUCAUGCCCAAACCAUCUUUCAGUUUGGAGGUCCCUACAUUUGGGCGGAUCCUUCCUAUCAGCCAGUUGCACCAGAAAGUUUGUAAAUAAUGGAUGAAUGUAGGAGGUUCUAGAUUAGGAUAGACUCCCACAGUAUGUAGAGAUCUCUGAAGAAUUAUGGAGUUUUCUAGGAUUUCUCUGGUUUAUAAGUUUUGGAUGGUUCUUGGACUGUUGGAUGGACACUAAGGGCCCGUUUGGAUACCACUAAACAAGUUACCUUUUCUACUUACAUCAGUAGAUAAGUAACUUAUUUCAGAUAAGUGAAAGAUGGCCUUGAGUAGCAUUUGAGCAUCGUGUGAGUGCCAGAAUAGCAUUUGGUUGUGCACACAUGUGAAAGAUGGCUUUGAGUAGCAUUUGGGUGUUGUGCCAGUGCUGCACAAGCAAGAGAGCUAAGGUAUUAGAUGAAGCCAUGACUUCAAGUAGCAUUGGGGUGUUGCAGGCUUGUGGAGGCUGAUAGCCAGUGUGUGGGAUCAGGCAACAUUCCCUCUGAUUAGCUGUCAUUUUUUCCUUUUGAAGUUCUAUUCUUCGCCUAGCCUACACGUGUGCAUAGAGCUGCUUGUCUACGUGACAGCACGUGUACUAGGCACAGGGUUGUGUGGCCCAAGCAGUCAAUUCGGCUAGAUACCCCAGCGUGAAAUCAAGAUAUUGGAGUUGUUAGAUGAUUAUUGGACCUUAGGUCUGACAUGUAGCAACUGUCUCACUCCCACAUAUGGUUCAUCCAUAGUUGGGCUCAACAGAUGAUGAUUUUGGGUUAUUUGGUAAUAUUUUGUUGUUCAAGUAUUGAAUGUUAAUGUUUUGAAAUUAUCUUUUCAAGUGA